UGACGGAGGCGAAGAAGCGCAGCGGUGAAAGGUGAAGAAGCACAAACAUGGUGGAACCCGGGGAGAUCCGCGUGGUUCAUAGGGGAGGCAGUAAAUUAAACUUUAGGCAGCCUGUCUUCACGCACGACUCACGGUUCUUGUUGUGUGCAUCUGGAUAUGGAGUGAAAGUUUUCAGUGCCUCCACAGAGGAGUGUGUCCAUCACCUCGUUGGACACACGGACCUCGUCACUGGACUCAUAAUACGACCCUCAAACCACUUGCAGGUCUUUUCUUGCUCACUAGAUGGUACUGUCAGACUGUGGGACUAUGAUGAUGGCAUUCUUAUAAAGACUUUUGUGAUUGGAUAUCCAAUUCACUCAGUAUAUGCAUCGGGAAGCCAUGAUGGAGUCCUGUUUCUCACUAUACCAGCCAAGAAUGACAAGAGAUCAGAUGCAUUUCAGUUGGUUGCCGUGCAGUUGCCUCAGAGCACGGAGCAGUUGGUCGAAGCGCGGGAGAUUUCUGCUGUUCUCACUGACGUCAGCUCAAACCCUGGGGCACUCAGCUUUGGACGAGCGGGCCAAUACAUUGCUUCAGUUAAUGGUCUGCAGUUAGAGGUUUUUUUCUUCAAAAAACAGAAAUCAUUCAGGUUUUCCCUCAAAGAAGACAACAAGAAGGGGGCUAAGAAUACAUUUACUUGUACUGCCUGUCAUCCUAAAGAGGACUGCAUCGCCACAGGACACGAGGAUGGAAAAAUACGCCUGUGGAGAAAUUUCAACCAUAAGAAGGAGUACACUUAUUCAGCUAUUCACUGGCAUCACAAUGCAGUUGGUGCCUUAAGCUUUACCCCAGAAGGGACUAAUUUGCUGAGUGGAGGAGUGGAGUCUGUUCUAGUUCAGUGGAGGUACAACCAGGAAAGACAGAAGGACUUUUUACCACGUCUCGGCGCAGCCAUCACCCACAUUGCAGUGUCGCCUGAUGGGUCCCUCUUCUGCACCUCCCACUCUGACAACAAAAUCACUGUCAUCCAUAGUUAUGUGAAAAUUUCUGCUGUGAUUCAAGGCCUAGUUAAAGGUGACAGAGUAAGGACAGAUUUGAUAGUUGACCCUCGCAGCAAGGCUCUGGUGAUGAAUGGGAAACCAGGACAUUUGCAGUUUUACUCCCUCCAAAGAGACAAACUCCUUUAUAAUUUGGACAUAGUACAGCAGGAGUACAUUCAUGAGUCUGGUUUGGACCAGUUCGAUGUGGUCAAAGCUGACUUCGAUGCAGGUGGAAAGUGGCUGGCAACGGUGGAGGAAAGAAAACAGGAUUCUGCUGAGCUCGAGCUGAAUCUGAAACUGUGGGCAUUUAACGAGCAGACGCAGGGCUUUGAGCUGAACACAACAGUCUCUGCCCCCCAUGAAGGCAAGAUCUCAGACCUGAGCUUUAGUCCAGACCAGACCACCCUCCUCGUCUCCACCAGCAGAGACGGGCAAUUCAAGGCCUGGACACUGGCUUCUCCCACAGAUGCUGAGGAUGAAAGUCCAUCUUGGUCCUGUGAUUUUGUGGGGUCUUACCAUGGCUUGGCUCCACAGUGCUGCUGUUUUUCAGCCGAUGGGUCUCUGUUGGCGGUGGGUUUUCAGGAGGUGGUCACUGUAUGGAGCACUGCAUCAUGGGAACUCCUCACCACACUGUCCCAGCCCCCAGGAGACAUCAGAAAUCUUUGUUUUGGAAGACUGAGCUGCUCUAAGUAUCUACUGGGGACCACCAGCAAAAACCAACUGUGCUGCUGGAACCUCCUCACCUGCUCUUUGGAGUGGAGCACUUCCAUGGAUGUGACCCUGCUGUUGUCCGACCCGCUCUCAGAAAACAUGGCCGCAUUCUGCUUUGAGGCUGGAAGCACUGACUUAUUUGUGUUUAAGCCCAGUGAGCCCCGCCCACUUUUUUCCCAUAAGGCCGUGUGUUCGGGGCGGGUGCUCAGAGCAAUCUUCAGUCCAAGAGAGGAGCUGUUGGAGGGCUGCGAGGAGGAGGUCCAGUGGCUCAACCGUUCACAACUCUUCUUCUUUACUCCCAACAUGGAUCUGAUGACUUUCUCUACCAAAGCUGAAGAGGACAGACUGAUGGCAUCAAGCAAACGGCUUGUGAUUGACGACCACGUUGCCAUGACUCCAUUCCACUUGUUGCUGGGAAAACAUGGUCAAACUGAAGCUCAACAGGUCACUGCGGGGUCAGAAAGAGUUCAACCUCCACAAGGCUCCUCUGCCAUCAAAGAGUUGCUGCAGACUCCAGCCCACGUCCUGCCCUCCACCUCGUAUCUCUGUUCAAUGUUUGUGCAGUCUCUGCUUAUCUCCACCACUGACAAAAGGGAACAAAACAACGUGACAGAGGAGGAAAUGGAAAGUGAGAAAGAGGAAGAGGAUUCUGAUGAUGAGGAAAUGCAGAGCAGCGCUGUGAGGCCAGAGCACGCCUCAGGGGUCAGCCAGACUGGAGACUCCAUGGACCUAAGACUCACUAAGGCUCAGACAAAAGAACUGAGGCGGGUCCGAAAACUAGACUACAGCUGGCUUAGGGAUCUAGUGGACUGAAGGACUGGAAAAUAUGACUUUUCAUGACAAUAAAUACAUUACCAGUCAAAAGUUAGGACAUACCUUUUCAUUUUUUUUAUUUUUUUUAUAUUCACAACUAUUUACUUUGUAGAUUCUCACUGAAGGAAUCAAAACUAUGAAUGAACUCAUAUGGACUAUACUAAAGGCAUUUUAAACUUAAAAUAACUCAAACUGUUUUCGUUUAUAGAUUUUUUUUAAAAAAAUAGCCACCCUUUACUUUGAUCUUUGCUUUGCACUCUUGGCAUUUCUUGACCCUGAGAAGGCACCCAUGUGAAAUAAAAAAAAAACAUUUCAAGAGACUUGAGUGAAGGCCAAGCGUUUGCAAUGCCGUCAAAAGCAAAGGGUGGAGACUUUAAGAAAUGAAUUAAUUAAGAAAAAAAAUUAAAUGACUCAACUACAGAAUUCCAUACAUGUUGAUUACAUAGUUGAGGUCUUCCGUAUGUAGCUAAAAUGUAGAAAGUAGUAAACAUUAAGAAAAAAAAAGAUGUGUCUAAACGUUUGCCUGGUGAUGUAUUUGUUGAUUGUAAACUAAAAUACAGUUGGUAUUGAACUUCAGACAUAAAGAUUUGGUCAUUUCAGUAGUUCAGCUCAAAGUGACAAUGUGUAGAUUGAAAUAAUGUAAGCAGAAUUUUUGUCUUGUUUCACGUCAUUUCCUUGGGACAAUAUCCAUACCAGCUAGUUCAUUUGACUCCUUUAUUUCUCUUAUGGCUUAAGAAUUUCUAUGACAAUUUAAUACCUCUUAAAAACAUGAAAAACAGAAGUAGUUCAUUUUAAAAGGUUUGCAGUGGUCCAAAGUUAUUCCUCACUUACCAUAUGCAUUCUUAGCAUUCUAAUUAUUUAUAACAGUGAAUUUAUAAGCAGUUCAGUGUGGAGUUUUGCCAUGAUAGCAAAGCAAAAUACCACUAGAAAAACAUAACUUUCUUUGAAUACUUAAUUUUGUACAGUAAAUCAAGAAUUGAACUGCUGAAUUUACCACUCUUCUACGCUAAAGGUUCACUAUUUAAUUUUUCAGCUUAAUAAUUUGUCUGGAAUGAUCCACAGUAUGGCAUUAAACACUACCUAUCUCCAUGAAAACAAACAAUUCACACCACCAAACCAAACAGGUCAGAUCUGUGGAGAAGCAAGUCAGUUUACAGUAAGAAUGCAAGUUUCUCAGGGAAUUUUCGAGCAAUAAAAACACCCAAAUUGAAUAAAUGUGUGAUGGAUAAGAUUAAUGCCAUGCUUGGGAACGUUACGGACUUCAUGGAGACAAGCAAGUGGCAUACCCUAUACCAGGAAAGUUAAAUAGUGCUUUUAAGUUACAAUGCAUUGAUUUUGGACAAUGGAAAAAUCUGCCUUCACAAAGCUUCUGAUAUUGUGACAGAUAUUUUCAAAGUAUAAACAGUUCUCACAUAGAAGGUGACUGGAAACUAUUGUUACUCAUGUGAAAGAACACUUGAACAAAGCAUAUGUAUUUCCAUUGUGAAUCUGCUGACAUAAAGGGGGGCCGUGUACAUACAGAAUGUACUUACCGAUAUGAACUCGAGUACUCUUUGUAGAAGUUUGUUUUGUUUUUUAAUAAAUAUUUUACUAUAUCACCAA